GACCGCUCCGGGUAUCCUGGCUUGAGGGUAGAGUGGGCGAAGGUUCCUAAGGGAGAGGUGUGGCUCGGGCUGAAUCCCUCGUUGGGGGGCAUCUGGGUCAAGUGGCUUCCCUGGCAGCACAGUCACGGGGAGACCCUCUCUCACUGGGCAGAAGCUAAGUCCAAAGCAGCGCCCCUCCUGGGAGGUUAGACUGUGGCGCAGGAAAGCUUCAAAUAGAGGAGGGUUGAGGCUUCAGUCCAGCACCUUUCUCGGGUCAGGGCCUCCUCCUGGCUCCCAAGACCCCACCAUAGGCAGAGGCAGGCCUUCCUACACCCUACUCCCUGUGCCUCCAGCCUCGACUAGUCCCUAGCACUCGACGACUGAGUCUCUGAGGUCACUUCACCGUGGUCUCUGUCUCAUCCUUGGCGCCCGACCACUGAGGGGAGAGGGCUGGGGCGCUCUGCUGAGGCACUCCUGCACCUCCCUGUCCUUGUCUACCUCUCGUCCCCCGAGGGGUUAGUGUCGAGUUCACCCCAGCAUCCUAUCACCUCCUGGUGGCCUUGCCGCCCCCACAACCCCGAGGUAUAAAGCCAGGUACACGAGGCAGGGGACGCACCAAGGAUGGAGAUGCUCCAGGUAAGACUGCAGGGCCCCUGGGCACCUUCCACCUCCCUCCAGGCCAUCACUGGCAUGAGAAGCGGCAGACCCGUGUGAGCGGUGGAAGGAGGCCUCUUUCUGGAGGGGCAUGACCCCCAGUAAGCUUCAGGUGGGGCAGUUCCUGAGGGUGGGGAUCUGAAAUGUUGGGGUAUCUCGGGUCCUCUGGGCUGUGGGGUGAGCUCUGAAAGGCAGGUGUCCGGGUGGUGGUUCCUGAAUAGGAGAUGCCGGGAAGGGUCUCUGGGUGUCUGUGGGUGGUGUACCCCGGGGGAUGGGAAGGGCAGGGCUCAGGGCUGUGGUCUCAGACCCGGGUGAAGCAGUGUCCUUGUCCCAGGGGCUGCUGCUGUUGAUGCUGCUGAGCAUGGGCAGGACAUGGGCAUCCAAGGAGCCGCUUCGGCCACGGUGCCGCCCCAUCAAUGCCACCCUGGCUGUGGAGAAGGAGGGCUGCCCCGUGUGCGUCACCGUCAACACCACCAUCUGUGCCGGUUACUGCCCCACCAUGACGCGCGUGCUGCAGUCGGUCCUGCCGCCCCUGCCUCAGGUGGUGUGCAACUACCGCGAUGUGCGCUUCGAAUACAUCCGGCUCCCUGGCUGCCCGCGAGGCGUGAACCCCGUGGUCUCCUACGCCGUGGCUCUCAGCUGUCAAUGUGCACUCUGCCGCCGCAGCACCACUGACUGCGGGGGUCCCAAGGACCACCCCUUGACCUGUGAUGACCCCCGCUUCCAGGACCCCUCUUCCUCAAAGGCCCCUCCCCCCAGCCUUCCAAGUCCAUCCCGACUCCCGGAGCCCUCAGACACCCCGUUCCUCCCACAAUAAAGGCUUCUCAAUCCACA